AGCCGUGAGAACCUGGAUGACAGCGGGCUGAGCCACCGGUUUGGCGAGGCGGACAAGCUGGCGGGCCAGUGUCUCCAGCAAAACCGCUCAAACUUCAGUGGAAUGAUUAAAAGUCUUCAGAUGUUCACCUGUGCCCUCCAGCUUUUUCUUCCUAGAGAAAUCAAGUAUCUCUGCUUCAGUCCUCCAAGUCCCGCCGCCGGAACGUGUGAGCCGCUGGGCGGAGCCUACGGCUGAUCCGUCUCCAGUGACCUCACCGAGAGGACCGAGCCGCUGUGGGACUGACAGAGCUUCCUGAAUCUUCAGAUGGAUUUUAAAAUUGAACACACUUGGGAUGGUUUUCCAGUGAAGCACGAGCCAGUGUUUGUCAGGCUGAAUCCAGGUGAAAAAGGAGUGAUGAUGGAAGUUAGUGCUCCAUUUUUCAAUGAUCCUCCAGCCCCACUUGGAGAAACAGGACAGCCUUUCAAUGAACUGUGGGAUUAUGAGGUUGUAGAAGCAUUUUUCUUGAAUGAUGUAACUGAGCAGUAUUUAGAAGUUGAACUUUGUCCGCAUGGGCAGCAUUUAGUGCUUUUACUCACUGGAAGAAGAAAUGUGUGGAAACAAAAACUUGCUUUAUCAUUCCAAGUGUCCAAAGGAGAGACAAAAUGGGAAGGCAAAGCUCUACUCCCUUGGAGUUAUUUUCCACAAAAUGUGACAAAAUUUAAUUCAUAUGCAAUUCAUGGGUCAAAAGAUAAACGAAGUUAUGAAGCUCUUUACCCUGUACCUCAGCAUGAACUUCAACAAGGACAAAAACCUGAUUUCCAUCGCCUAGAAUACUUCAAACCUUUCAGUUUUAACACACUGCUUGGAGAAGAAUGGAAACAACCGGAAUCAGACCUAUGGCUAAUGGAGAAACCUGACGUAUAGGAGUAUAGUAGAUAACCAUAUCAAUCGUUUUUUCUCUAUACCUUUUAAGGUAAACCAAUAAUAAGUAUGAAUCUCUUUUAAGACACCAUGUACACAUUUCAACAAGAAAUAUUUUCAUAGAAGUCACUGCAAAUAUAGUAUCUCUGUGGCAAAUUGUGUAUGAUUAACAAGAAAAUAGAAAGUUUGUAGAUGAUUUUAUCUAUAGAGUAAAAAUAUUUCUGAGAGUCUCUUAGUCCAGGAGCCAUGGUGUCAGUGGGUGCUACCUUCUGCCUUGCAUGAACAUCACCCCAAUAUCUGACUAUCAAACAAAGUCAUUAUUUCUCUUCCCACUUCCCUAAACCUCAGCCAGCCUGAGACUGGAACAUCUUAUUUGCACAUUUUUGAACUUCAUGUAGUAUACAGUAAUUCUUUACUAGGAAUCUUCUGUCCAUUCUUGAAAUUAGUAGAAAAUUAGUGACCUACUUCAGUUGAGCAGGAGAUCCAUGUCUGUCACGAUAUCAUUAAAAUCCAUGAGUUAUUUAACAAGCUGUUUUUCCUGUC